AUGCGAAGCUGCAGGGUAAAUUCAGGAAUCCUCUCGAUUUCGAGGAGCCUCUAUGGCACAUCAGGCGUAGCGCACAGCGCUCAUCGGAUAAACCGUCGUUUUGCAUCGACUGAAGCAGUUAGACCGAGUUCAUCCAAUGAAUUCGACGUUGUUAUCGUCGGCGGAGGUGCAACGGGCACAGCGCUCUACUACACCCUCUCGCAGUUCACAAAUAUCAAGCGCAUCGCACUCUGUGAACGCCGCAGCGGAUACGCGCUGGUGGCUUCCCAUCUUAAAAACAACAGCCAAACCAUACACUGCGGUGAUAUCGAGACGAAUUACACGCCAGAAACCGCGGUUAAGGUCAAGAAAAGCGCCAACAUGCUCAGAAACUGUCUGACAAAAAUACCAGAAAGCGACCUCUAUAAUAUCGCACGAAAGGGGCAGAAAAUGGUAAUCGGUGUUGGCGACCGUGAGUGCCAGUAUAUCAAGGACCGAUACACGCCAUUCAAGGAAAUAUUCCCCACGCUUCAGCUGCUGGAUAAGAACCAAAUACACCAAGUUGAGCCGAACGUAGUACGAGGGUUAAAGGGGGGCAUGAGGCCAGAGGACGUUAAUGCUCUUUUCGUCAAGGACGAGCUAACUACUUGCAAUUUCAUGGCUUUGUCGGAGCACUUUGUCAAAGCUGCCAACCACGAUGGGAAACACAUGCAGCCCAUGCUUAACACAGAGGUCAAAAACGUAACGCGCGAAGGAAGUACGUACAAGGUGGUCACGAACAAUGGCACGCUAUCGGCGAAAUUCGUCGUGUUCAGCGCAUGUGGUUACUCCCUACUUUUCGCCCAGCGCAUGGGCGUCGGACUGCAAUACAGCGUACUGCCAGUGGCAGGAAGCUUUUAUUUCGCCCCCAACGUCUUGCAAGGCAAGGUGUACACCGUACAAAACCCUGCGCUACCGUUUGCGGCCAUACACGGCGAUCCAGACAUUGGAGCUAAUAACCAGACGCGCUUCGGACCGACUGCGCUUCCACUGCCGCUGCUUGAGAGGUACAACAUACGAAGCUUGCCUGACUUUCUGAGGGUACUGCGUCUGGACACACGGGUAAUGGCGGUGUACCUAAACCUCCUGUUUGACGGCACCAUAUGCAAAUACAUGCUCCGCAAUUUCUUAUUUGAGGUGCCCCUGCUAUCAAGGUUACUCUUCCUCAAAGAUGCGAGGAAAAUUGUACCUUCGCUCACACUCAAGGAUCUGCGCUAUUCGGUGGGAUACGGGGGAGUCAGGCCGCAGCUGGUGGACAAGGUUAACAAGAAACUUCUCUUGGGACAGAGCAAAAUGUCCAACGGAGACGGAUGCAUAUACAACGUUACAGCCUCACCAGGCGCAACGACGUGUGUCUCGAACGCCGAAAUCGAUAUGCGCGAAAUAUGCACAUACAUUGGAGCCACAAUCGACGAGAACAAACUCAGGCAGCACUAUUUCGAGGGUGAGUACCCGCUCUGA